AUGGACACACCUAUUGGUAAAGAUCUAACAAAUUCUGUCAUUGGCAAAGUUUAUAAAUUGAUCAAAAGAAUAGGAAGUGGAGCUUUUGGAGAAAUUUAUUAAGUAGCAAAAGGAAAGGAGGAAUAUGCUAUGAAAUUAGAAAGAAGUGAUACUAAGCAUCCUUAAUUGUUUUUUGAAGCUAAAUUAUAUACUUAUUUAUAAGGCUCUGAUCAUAGUGAUAAAGGUAUUUGAAUUGUUAAUUAAAAGUUAGGAAUCCCUAGAAUAUAUGCUUAAGGGACAGACGGUGAUUAUAAUUACAUCGUCAUUGAUUUAUUGGGUUAAAGUCUAGAAGAUCUGUUCAACAAACAUAAUAAAAGACUAUCUCUAAAGACUGUAUACAUCUCUUAUAUAUUUUUAGGUUUUGAUGCUUGGUGAUCAAAUGAUUUAACGAAUUGAAUUUAUUCAUUUAAACAAAUUUCUUCAUCGUGAUAUUAAGCCUGAUAAUUUCCUAAUUGGAAUAGGUUAAAAGGCAACUAGAAUUUACCUAUUAGAUUUUGGAUUAGCUAAACGUUAUUAAACAAAAGAAGGACAUAUCCCAUAUAGAGAGGGAAAAAGUCUAACUGGAACUGCCAGAUAUGCAUCUAUCAAUACUCAUUUAGGAAUUGAAUAAUCAAGAAGAGAUGACUUAGAGUCUCUUGGAUAUGUCUUAAUGUAUUUAUUAAGAGGAUAGCUACCUUGGUAAAAUAUGAAGGGAAAUAAUCAAAAAGAGAAAUAUCAAAGAAUAAUGGAGAAAAAGUUAGAAACAUCAUCUGAUGUAUUGUGUAAAGGAUUUCCAAUUGAAUUAAGUUAAUAUUUGAAUUAUUGUAAGCAUUUAAAAUUUGAAGAAAAACCAGAUUAUCUUUAUUUAAGAGGAUUAUUUAAAGUAUAUAACUUAUAAGAUAUAUUAGGAUGCGUUUAAAAAGAUUGGUUUUGAACUUGAUUAAAAAUAUGAUUGGAUAAAGGAUGAAAAUAUUAUAAAAACUCAACACGAUUUAAUGAGUGCUGAAAAACAAUAGUUACAUCAAUAAUUGAUUAUGACAUAACCCUUAUAAUAAUAACCUCCAAUAUUGCCAAAAGGAGUAUUAAAUGGUAUAGAUUCAGAGAAGAAAAUAUCAAAUAUUAAUAAUUAAUAAUUAAGUACUUAAUAAUUGACAGCACAAAGAAAAACAUUAUAAUAAUAAUCACAAAAUAAGAUAUCAUCUGUUGAAAAGAAAAGAACUACUUCUUAAAAUAGAUAACAUAUUCCCUCGAAGGAAAUGCUUAAGCCCACAACUCAAGUUUUGGCACCAAAAAUAGUAACUACUAAGGAACCUCAUAGAAAAUAUUGA